AUGGGCAGCAAACAAAAAGAAAUAGAAAAUGAACAAAAGGUUAGAAUCAAGCGUUUUGCAAAAUUAUGGGCUCGAACUGAGGCGAUGGAUUCUGAAACCAUGCAAAAGGAAGAGAGAAAAUAUGAGCAUGAUGUGAAAGAAGCUGAAACUCAAGUCAUAAAAACUCUUAAGUUUUUCCACUAUGAGCUCGAAAGCAACGUGCAACCAGAUAUCAUGGCAUUAAUAUUUCGCAAACGUCGAUGGUCAGAGAAUGAAUUUCGACCAACGCCUACUUGGAUAAAGAAUUAUAAUUCAUUCGCACGUAUAGAUGGUCCAGGAUUCAACAAUAUGAGACGAGAUGCUCGAUUUCUGAUUUCGACGGGAUACGCUAAUCUUCAAGAGUUAAUGCGUGGCUUUCCGUAUCCAAAGAAGAAGACGGGAGUAAAAACUCGAGCUCAUAAGCCCAAAUCAUCACAUAAAAAGGAUGAAAGUAAUGAUGAAUCCAGUGAAGAUGAAAGCACCAAAUAUUCUGCAAUUGUACCACCACUUCUUUUCUUCGAGAUCAGAAAUGAUCUGUAUAGAAGAUCAGCAGCAGCUGCUAUAGCUUUACAAUUAUUAUGCUCGAUACCUAGUAUGGAGACCUUAUCACGAAUAAUACUAUUUGAAAAAUGCCAGGUAAUAACUGAAUGGGAAAUAGCCAAGAAAACUUAUGCUGCGCAUGGUAUGGACUGGACAAAAUCAGAAGGCAUGAAGCAACUUUGCACUGAAGUAGCUGCAGAAUUAAUCGCGCUAGAUGAAGCAACAGAUGCUAUCAACGCAAUAUUUCGAUAUGAAAGUUUGCAGAAGUUGUCAAUACCACUUAAGAUGUUCAUAGAAUCAGAAGGUGUGGGCAGUAAUUUGGAAGAGUUAAGAGAAGAAUUAGAUAAAUUCAUGGAAAACGCGAAGCCCCACGGAGCUUCCAUUGUUACAAGUGUGAUUGAAAAGGUUCAAAAUGUGAUGGAAGUUGAUGCAAGCACAAGCACGACAGAAUCAGAGAGGAAAGCUGAAGAAAAGCUUGGAAGUUCUGCUAUAGAGUCAUUGAAAGACAUGUAUCCGACAAGGCCUGACCUGCAAAAGGCAGUUGAGAAUCUGAUACUGACCUUUGUCGAUUUGCUAAGAGUUUUUGAUCUGCUUGAGAGGAUUUAUGAAAAAUUGGAACCAUUAAGUCUUGAAGAUAUAGCCAACGUAAAAUACCUGGAGAGGACUGAUCUUCGCCUACAAAUUCAUGCUAUACCAGUUAUUAGUAAAUUAAGCCUAUCUCCUGCGCAAUUCCUCAACGAAUUUACGAAUGAGGUAUCAAGAACAAUGAUACAGUUAUAUGAGAUGUUGAAGACUUACGUAUCUUUUCAAUACAUUGCAACUGAAGUGAUCAAGCAUUACUCUGAUGCCUUAUUGGAGAUGAAGAUUGAUGAGAGUGAAAUACGUGAAGCAGUUGUGGAGAUAUUGGUCAAUAAUUUGUUAAUUUCUAAGAAAAAUGGUACAUUUAUAAAUAAAGAUUUCGAUGAUACGUUUGUUCUUGAACUUACAAGUUUCGCUCGUACAAAUUUGCUGAAAUUACUUUACGAGCGCUACGCUAAAAAAUUGAAAUUUAAUCCUGAAGAAUUGCUAAAGCGAGUGCAGAAUGCUUCAAGGAAUCGAAUUGCAAUCGUUACUGCUACUGAUAACAAUAGUAGUGAAAAAAAAUCAUAUUCCAGAGUGAACCAAAAUGAUAAUCAAGCGAGAAAAGACGGUACUGAUAAGAAAACCAAUCCAAAACCUGGUUUUAAGAUUCAGCAAAUUCAACAUGUACCAGAUGAAGUAGUAAAGAAGUUAGGUACAGCAAGAUUGAGAUGUGCUUUAAAAUUGCUGAAAUAUCGAAAGGAAAAAUUACUCGGUAAAUCAUAUUCAGUCAAUUCAGAUAGUACUGCACCAUGUAUUGAUGAAGCGCAAAAUACAAGAAAUAAUAACGAUGAAAAUUGUGAUAAUAGUAGCGAUAGUGGCAGUAUUACCGACUAUGAAUGCUCUAUUUGUGCUGCUGAAAAUAAUCGUUUGAAGCAACGAAAAAAAUACAGGAAAAAAUAG